CAGUUUUAGUUAGCAUAACGAACAAAAAAAAAAAAAAAAAACCGCACACUUGAUCGACUCCAAUAAUUAUUACUUAUAAAAGACUGUUCAAAACAUCAUAUCUUCAGUAUACAGUAUCUUAUUCUGUGAUACAACCGUAAGCCAUGGAUUCACGAAUUGCAGUAAUCUGUAUUAUCUUUACAGUGUUCACGGUGUACCAGACGGCCGGCGCACCACAAAAAGACACGGCAGUUGCCAACGGAUCAGCUUACACAACUAAAUACGAUAACAUUGAUGUGGACCAAAUUCUACGUUCGAAAAGAUUGGUAAAUAGUUAUGUGCAAUGUCUAUUGGACAAGAAACCUUGCACACCAGAAGGCGCAGAACUUAAAAAAAUUUUGCCUGAUGCUUUGAAAACGCAAUGUGUAAAAUGCAACAGCUACCAAAAAAACACUGCUCUAAAAGUUGUGGAACAUCUUCAAAGAGAUUAUGCCACAGAAUGGAAACUACUUCUCGACAAAUGGGAUCCUAAACGAGAAUACUUCCAGAAAUUCCAAACAUUUUUGGCAGAGGAAAAGAAAAAAGGUUUCGUCAAGUUCUAAAUAAAAGGAUCAUUUCUGUAUCUAUAGUUAAUAAUUCAUUUGAUUUAUAAUUAAUACCUUAUAAUUAGAUAAAUUUUCACUAUUCACCAAAAUUAAACAAUAAUUAAAAUACCUAACUUUUUUUAAAGAAGUUUUUAGUACACUUGUUUGUAUAUUGUAUUUAUUAAAAAAAA